AUGUCCGAAAAUGUAGAUUUAAAUCAAAUAAUCGAUGGCAUAGUAUCGGUAAAAGACAAUGAAUUUUCGGCCAAAUGUUCGGCUAAACUAAUUGAUUGUUUAAAAUCUAUGGUUAAAAUCGAUGAUUUUGUUGACAAAUCAAUGCUAUUAUUAUCAUCAGAUGAUUGGAAACAAACUAAUAAAAAACAAUAUAAAACUAGUUUAGAAAGUUUAAGACAAUUGAGACAAAUCUAUAGUCAAUUGCCGAAACAAUUGAUUGAUAUUCAAAAGCUGAUAAUGCAAUUGAAAAUUGAAUUUAACGAUAACUAUCUGAAAAUGUCGGCUAAUCGGGUAGUGGCCAUCAAAUGUGAUAUAAUUAAGAAAACUAAUAAUAAAAUCAAUAGUAGUAAUAUUGAUAAUCAAAACGAUGAUGAAAAACAACAAUCACUGAUGAAAACAAUUGACAAUAACUUUACUAAUAUUGAUUUGUUGAAUAAUUUAUUCAUACAAAUAAUUUAUUUGAAUAACAAAUUGGAUAAAUUAAGACAAAAACAAUUGUCAAUCGAUUUAUUGGACAAUCAAUUGAUUAACAAAUCAAUAACUUUGAGCCCAUCAGCAGCGCCACAGCAAUCACCCGAACCGCAGUCACCGGUACCUCAGUUACAGCAGACACGGGAGACAUCGCAGACACCGCCAUCGCAGUCACAAAAACCAGAGUUAUUACAAUUGGAUUCACCCGUCCAGGAGUUACCGCUGCCGCAGACUCAGGUACAGGAGUUACCGCUACCGCAAACACCGGUACAGAAGUUACCGCUGCCGCAGACACCGGUACAGGAGUUACCGCAGAUACCGGUAGAAGAGUUACCGCUGCCGCAGACACCGGUACAGGAGUUAUCGCAGACACCGGUACAGGAGUUACCGCAGACACCGGUACAGGAGUUACCGCAGAUACCGGUAGAAGAGUUACCGCUGCCGCAGACACCGGUACAGGAGUUAUCGCAGACACCGGUACAGGAGUUACCGCAGACACCGGUACAGGAGUUACCGCAAACACCGGUACAGGAGUUACCGCAGACACCGGUACAGGAGUUACCGCAGACAACGGUACAGGAGUUACCGCUGCCGCAGACACCGGUACAGGAGUUACCGCUGACACCGGUACAGGAGUUACCGCUACCGCAAACACCGGUACAGAAGUUACCGCUGCCGCAAACACCGGUACAGGAGUUACCGCAGACACCGGUACAGGAGUUACCGCUUCCGCAAAUACCCUUACAGGAGUUACCGCAGACACCGGUACAGGAGUUACCGCUGACACCGGUACAGGAGCUACCGCAGACACCGGUACAGGAGUUACCGCUGACACCGGUACAGGAGUUACCGCUGCCGCAGACACCGGUACAGGAGUUACCGACAUUGCCGUCACCAGCACCGGAGUUAUCACCGUUGGAGUCAUUGGAACCGCAAUCACCGGCGCCGCCAUCAUUACAACCAUCUAUUAAACUCGAUGUUUUACAAAGUGCCUUAAAAAACCUAAAGUCACCGCGACUGACACCGAAGUCAUCAACUGCACCGUCGCCGCAGUCACCGAUAAGCCAAUCAUCGGUACAGCAGAUGCAGUCAGCGGUAGCCCCACAUUCAACGUCAUCGCAAUCAUUGGAACCAAAUCCGCAGUCACCGAUACCUCAAUUACCGCCAAUGCCGACGCCGGCACCCGAUUUACCACCAUUACAGUCACCGGCACCUGAAUUACCGCAACCGCAGUUACCGGCACCGGAAUUAUUGCCAAUGGAAGCAAUGACACCCGAAUUAGGGCCAUUGCCGGUACCGGCACCGGAGUUACCACCGAUGGAGUCAUUGGAACCGCAAUCACCGACGACGCCAUCAUUGCAACCGACUAUAAAAUAUUGGAUAUUGGAUAUUUUACAAAAUGCCCUAAAAAGUCUUAAGUCAGCGCCACCGAAGACAUCUGAACCGGUGCCACCGUCAUCAUCAUCAUCAUCACCGGCUCAGUCGUCACCGGUCAAGCAAUUAAAGUCAUUGAAGUCUAACGACAAACAACAGUCAUGCCUGUCAUCAUCUCCAUCGACGCCCGAGUCCUUACCGGUAAAGCAGUUAUCGGAAUCAUUGGCACAAUCUUCGGGAUCGCAGUCGCAGUCAUUAGAUAUCAUACAAAAUGCUUUGAAAAAUCUCAAAAAGUCUGCACUAUCACCACCACCGCGACCGCAGUCAUCGGCAAAUCAAUUACCCACUGAACCGCCGCAGACAUUCCCGAAGCCCAUGCGGUCACCGGCACUGCAGCUAUCGAGACAGCCGUCGCAAUCAACUGGACAGCAUUUACCGACGUCGACGCCGCCGCCGCCGCCGCAAACAUUGCCCAAACCUCCGCGAUCACCAGUACUACAGUCAUCCAGUCCGCCGACGCCUAAGUCUUCGGAACCUCAAUUAUCUAUAGCCCGGCCGCAGUCACUGGCACUGCAAUCAUCGGUAUGGCCGCCACCACCACCGGAGUCGCAAUUGGAGUCUCCGACACUUGAAUCAUCGGAAUGGCCGCCACCACCACCACCACCACCACCGGUGUCGCAAUCGGAGUCUCCGACACUGCAAUCAUCGCAAUGGCCACCACCGCCACCAUCAGCUCUGGCGUCGCCAUCGCAGUCUCCGGCAUUGCAAUCAUCGGUAUGGCCACCAUUACCACCGCCGGCGUUACCAUCACAGUGUCCGGCACUGCAAUCAUCGGUACCGCCACCACCACCGGAGUCGCAAUUGCAGUCUCAGGCACUGCAGUCAUCGGUACCGCAGUCGCCACUGGCGUCGCAAUCGCAGUCUCAGGCACUGCAAUCAUCGGUACCGCCACCACCACCGCCGCCGCCAAUGACAGCUAUAGCAAUAAAUCCAGAAGCUAUCAGAGCCAACACACUUAAUGGCUCAUCAAAGACAUCGCCGCCGCUAUCACUGUCGUCAUGCCAGCCAUCCAUUAAUACAACUGUAUUGGCAGAGGCUAUGAAAAAUCUGAAACCACGUCAACAACUGACUGGCGAAUCGGACAGUAGUCUUGUGGACAACAAAUCGGAACCGAUUAGCAGUAGUAGUAAUGAUAUCUUUGAUGCAUUAAAACGAAAAAUUUCUGGACGCAAACAACCAGAAGACAGCAGUUCAUCGGAUGAUGACUCGGAUGGCGAAACAGAUGACUUCGAGGAUAACAAUUUUGAUGUCUAA